AUGACAGGGGAAGUGACCGAACUCGACUCUCCCUCGAUUGCGGAGCUCGAUGAAGCGUUGAAGAAACAAGCAACGAUUAAUGAGUUAAGCAGGAUUGAUGGUACUCAGUUCAAAACGGAUACCUGGACACGUCCCAAUGGGGGUGGCGGCAUAUCCUGUGUCCUCCAAGAUGGUAAUGUUUUCGAGAAAGCAGGUGUCAACGUAUCGGUUGUCUAUGGUGAAUUGCCCCGGGCUGCUAUUGAGAAAAUGAGGGCAGAUCACAAAUCUUUUGUCGGCGCAGACGUGGAAUCUCUAGAGUUUUUUGCUGCCGGCCUAUCGCUGGUUCUGCACCCUCAUAAUCCCAUGGCACCAACAGUCCAUCUGAACUACCGCUACUUCGAGACGUCAGACCCUAAGGAUCCGAUAAAUGGAGAUAAGAAUUGGUGGUUUGGCGGUGGUACAGACUUAACCCCUUCCUACCUAUUCCCUGAGGACGUCAAGCAUUUUCACCAGACCAUCAAAGACGCCUGCGAUAGGCAUGAUGCAACAUAUUACCCUCGAUUCAAGGCCUGGUGCGAUAAAUAUUUCUACCUUCCACAUCGCCGAGAGUCUCGUGGUGUUGGAGGUAUCUUUUUCGAUGAUCUUGACGCUAGUUUCCUAGAGUCGUCCGCCACUUCAUCACAGAAUUCUCAGGAAACUCUAUUCUCGUUCGUUUCCGAUAGUCUUGCUUCCUUCCUCCCGUCCUAUGUUCCUAUCAUUGAACGCCGAAAGGAUAUGCCAUUUACACCUGCUCAGAAAGAAUGGCAGCAGCUUCGACGUGGGCGCUAUGUGGAAUUCAACCUGGUUUAUGACCGUGGCACCAGCUUUGGCCUGCGAACCCCCAACGCUCGUAUCGAGAGUAUAUUGAUGAGUCUCCCUCGCACCGCAAGCUGGGCCUAUAUGGACCCGGUGUCAGGAACCCGGACCGAGGCUUCUGCGGAAGAGAAUCUAGGCGAGGACAAGGAGCGUGAAAAGGAAUUAAUGGAUGUCCUCAGACACCCCAGGCAAUGGGUGUAA